AUGUGCUUAUCAUUAUUUCGUAUACUAGGAUAUGUUGAUAUUGGAAAUCCUGACUUUGAAUGUCGGCAUUGUGGAGCAUAUAUGUGGUACCAAGAAAGAACUCAAAAAGACAAAAAGACAAAGAACCCCAAAUUUAAAAAGUGUUGUGGUGAUGGGAAGAUUCAACUUCCACUUUUGAAAAGCCCCCCAAAUGUGUUGAAGCAUCUUAUGUUUGAUUGUGAUUCCCCUGAUAGCAAGAAUUUUCAACAGCAUAUACGUGCAUAUAACAUGAUGUUUGCUUUCACAUCACCUGGAGCAAAACUAGAUACGUCAAUAAAUGAUGGCAAAGGGCCGCCUACCAUUAGAAUACAAGGACAAACAUGUCAUCUGAUUGGUAGCCUAUUGCCUAAGCCUGGUGAUUCUCCAAAAUUUGCACAACUUUAUAUAUAUGACACUGAGAAUGAGGUGCAAAAUAGACUAUCUACAUUCAGGAAUCAGGAUCAUCUCAAGCCAGAAAUUAUGAGGAGGUUGUCUGCUAUGCUUGAUCACGAUAAUGCAUAUGCAAAAUCAUUUAGAAUGGCAAAGGAGAGAUUUAAAGCUUCACAUAUACAUGACUGCAAGUUAAAACUCAUUUCUGAUAGAGCUACCGAUGGAAGAAUAUAUAACUUACCGUCUGUUUCUGAAGUUGCUGCUCUUAUUGUUGGUGAUGUUGACGUGGGGUCAAACAGAGACAUAGUACUUGAAUGGCAAAGUGGAAAAUUGAAAAGAAUAAAUGAGUUAUAUCCGGGCUAUUUAGGUUUGCAAUAUCCACUUUUAUUUCCUUAUGGUGAAGAUGGAUAUAGGCAUGACGUGCUACAUAGAAAUAGACCUGGCUCUAAAAAAUCCAAACGAAACAAAGUUACUAUUAGAGAGUGGAUAUCUUUCAGACUUCAAAUGCGUAGAGAUGAAGGGCAAACUUUGUUGAGAGCCAGGAGACUGUUUCAACAGUUUAUAGUCGAUGCAUACACUAUGAUGGAGUCUGAUCGGUUGUCUUAUAUUAGGAAUCAUCAAAAAGAGUUGAGAGUUGAUAAAUAUAGCAGUUUGCAAACUUCUCAAGUUGAUCAUACUCAAAAUCAGGGAUCAAAUAGAGGGAAAAGAAUCAUAUUGCCCUCAACAUUUGUAGGAGGUCGUAGGUUCAUGGAUCAGUUGUAUUUUGAUGGCAUGGCAAUCUGUAGUGCCGUUGGCUUUCCUGAUUUGUUCCUUACAUUCACAUGCAAUCCAAAUUGGCCAGAAAUUAAAAGGUUGCUUAAACCAAUGAAGUUAAUAGCACAAGAUCGUCCUGAUAUUGUCUCUGGAGUUUUCAAGAUUAAAUUUGAAGAACUAAUGACAGAUUUAAAGAAGGGAAAAAUAUUUGGUCGUGUGCUUGCAUAUAUAUAUACAAUUGAGUUUCAAAAGAGAGGGUUGCCACAUGCGCACAUUCUGGUUUUCUUGCAUCCAGAUAACAAGUAUCCAAAUCCAGAGGAUAUUGACAAAAUUAUUUCAGCUGAAAUACCUAACCAAGAACAUGAGAGAGAGUUAUAUCAAAUAGUCAGUUCUCAUAUGAUACAUGGUCCUUGUGGUUCAGCUAAUAAAUCAUCACCAUGCAUGAAAAAUGGGAAAUGUUCCAAGUACUUUCCUAAGCAAUAUCAGAGUGGUACUAUUGUUGACAAGGAUGGUUAUCCAAUAUACAGGAGAAGAAAUAAUGGCAACACCGUUGAAAAAGGAGGUAUCAUUCUUGACAACCGUUAUGUUGUUCCCUAUAAUCCAACACUCUUAUUGAAGUAUCAGACACAUAUGAAUGUUGAAUGGUGUAAUCAAAGUACUUCUAUAAAGUACUUAUUCAAAUACAUCAACAAAGGGUAUGAUCGAAUCACUGCAGCUAUUGUCCCUACUAAAGAUCAAAAUGGAAAUCAAGUUGAUGUAAUUGAUGAAAUUAAACAAUAUCUUGAUUGUCGAUAUAUCUCAUCAUGUGAGGCAUGUUGGAGAGUUUUGGCAUUUCCAAUACAUGGUAGAUCCCCUGCGGUUGAAAGAUGUUAUUUUCAUCUUCCCGGUGAACAUUGUGUGUAUUUUAAUGAUGAUGAUGAUAUUGGUUCCGUACUCUCUAAAGCAACUGUUAAAGAAUCAAUGUUUACAUCAUGGUUGAAUGCAAAUAAGAUCUAUCAUGAAGGUAGAAAUUUGACUUAUGCACAGUUUGUGUCAAAGUUUGUUUACAAGGCAAAAAAAAGAUGUUGGCAACUUAGGAAGCGGGGUUACACUGUUGGACGACUUAAUUGGGUUCCUCCAAUUUCUGGUGAACUUUUUUCCUUGAGAAUGAUGUUAGCUGUUGUUAAGGGACCAUGUAGCUAUGAAGACAUCAGAACUGUGGGCGAUAUUCUACAUCCUACCUUUCGCGAGGCAUGCUUUGCAAUGGGAUUCUUGGAAGAUGAUAGAGAGUAUAUUGCAGCUAUUAAGGAAGCGAAAGAUUGGGGACCAGGUCACUAUUUAAGAAAGUUAUUUUUAAGAUUGCUAAUCUCCAACAGCAUUACGAGACCUGAGAAAGUGUGGCAGCAAACAUGGCAAUGGCUAUCAGAAGAUGUUCUUUAUCAACAAAGAAAGCUAUCAAAUAUCCAAGACUUGCAGCUUAGUGAUAAUGAAUUGCAAAAUAUAACUCUUAUGCUGAUUGAAGAGUUACUGCAAUCAAAUAGAAGAAGUCUGAAGGAUUUCCCAUCAAUGCCUUAUCCACAAGGAUAUGUCACAAAUCGUUUGGGAAACAAGCUCAUAUAUGCUGAACGUGAUUAUGAUACAACUAAAUUGAAUGAGGAGUUCCAGAAUUACUUCAAGUCUCUCACAGAUGAGCAAAGGACUAUAUUUGACACAAUCAUGAAAGCAGUUUCUGAUGAGCAGGGUGGGAUCAUCCAGUGGGAUAGCAUCUUUAUUGAUGCCAGGAGGAAGAACAGCACACUCUAA